AGCCCGCCAACUCCACCCUGGGGGUAUGCGCUUGCUCACUCUUCCCACACAAUGCGAGCUGCAUGCUAAUUCGCUUCCGCAGUUCGGAGCAAUCGUCGCCGUCUCGCGAGAAGGCUCCCCCCGCCGCGAGUCCCUGAUCGUCGCGGCCAACAUCACCGAGAUCGACAUCACCAUCCCUCGACAACCGCAAUGGACGGACGCCGAUGUGCUAGGCAUGCACGCGGAUAAGGACAGUAGGAUCACAAGAGGCAGUGCUUUGGCGUGGCUUGGACACCUGAACGCCCUGCGAUGGUUCCUCUCCACCAACCUCGAGACCAUGCUGGUCAUUGAAGACGAUGUCGACUGGGAUAUCCACCUGCGCACCUACCAAAUCCCCAAAGCUGCCCAUGCCAUCCGACAGCUGGUCAAGGAUCAGACCAACCCGCCGGGCCAGGUGCAGCACAACGUCAAAAAGAACAACUUCUGGGGCAAUGUGUCCGCGUGGGACUUGCUCUAUCUCGGCCACUGCGGCGACAUAUUCCGCCCGUCCGAUUGGCAGGAAUCCAUUCCCCGCCUCAUGUACGAGGACAAGUCCCUUCCCGCCAUCAACGACAUGCACCCGCACACCACCGUCUUCGUCAACUUCCUCCAGCUUCCCGAAUACCACCGCAUGAUCCACCAAUCCGUCUUUCCCCUCUGCACCUUCGCGUUCGCCCUGACGCGCAACGGCGCACACCGCCUGCUGACCGAGAUCGCGCCGAAAGAGCGGGACGGUGGGACAAUGGCAUACGAUGUGCGCGUGGUGGAGGGCUGUCGCCCCUCGGGCGGGCUGCGCUGCUGGUCGGCGAAUCCCGAGUUAUUCCACCACAUGAGCUCCAAGUCUGAAAUCGAGGCAAUCGAUCGGCCAGACGCGGACAGCGGCGCAGACAAAGGCGUCAGCAAACCCGACGAGCCCGGCGACACGGCCAACAUUGCUUGCGGCGUGCGGAGCAAAGAAUUCUUCACGCGAGAGCAGAAGGCGUUGAAAUUCCUGCGGCAGCGCGUUGGGCGGGAAGGCGUGUGUUUGAAGGAUGAAGGCAAGGUUAAAGAGCCGAAGCCCAUGUAUACUGGCCUUGGAGAUUCUCGAAUGUAUCAGUAGAUAUGCGUUGUUUCGUUGCAUAAGACGGCGGUAGAAUAUUGCAUAGUUUACUAUAUCUGACGACGGUAUAGCGUCCUCAAUCACCUUCGACUGGCCCAGCAGUAGGAAUAAUCUGAAAGCGAC